GAUUCGGCAAGAGUAAGACGGUUAAAGGAAUUUUUUGGGAGGCGUGUAGGGCGUACACAGUUGAUGCUUUUGAUGCUGCCAUGGAUGUUAUGAAAAAGACAAAAGAACCAGUAUGGGAGUACUUAAAAAGUAUAAAUCCAGAAACCUGGUCAAGGGCACAUUUUAAAGGGAACCGAUACAAUCUUAUGUCGUCCAACAGUGCGGAGUCUAUAAAUACAUUAUCUAGACACGCACGUAAGGUGCCAAUACUUAUGUUGAUUGAUUUUUUUCGUGCUACAAUGCAACAAUGGUGGUUUCAAAGACGUAACUUUGCAGCGGAAGCAACAACAACACUUACCCCUUGGGCGGAUGAAGUUGUAAAAGAAAACAAGAAAAAUUUUACCAAAUGGGAUGUUCGCAUGAUCUCAAAUACGAAAUGCGAGGUCAAAAAGGGGGCACAAAAUGUGAUUGUUGAUUUUCAACAUAUGACAUGUACAUGUAGGCAUUGGCAACUUGAUGGGAUACCUUGUGGUCAUGUCAUAAGAUGUUUAACAGUGAACAAUUACCAAGACUGCUCGAGGUUUGCAUUAAAUGCUUACUUUACCGAAACACUGAGGAAAACAUAUGAGGAAUCAAUAAACCCUCUGCCGAAGCCAUCCGAAUGGGAGAUCCCCGAUGAUUUGAUGAUUGUUAAGCCACCUAUAAUGGAUAAACGUCAGCCAGGCAGGCCAAGAAACACAGACCGCAUUCCAUCCCAAGGCGAGGGUCCAAUUAUAAAAGAGUGUUCUACAUGUGGUCAACUAGGACACACGAGAAAUAAUUGUACUGGAAGGGCGUCUGGUAGCAGAGCAGGUCACAUAAUUUCUACUGCAGAAAUGGCAUAUAAUAUUGGUGGUUCAGCGGGUUGCUCACAAACCCAUAACGCUGAUUUUGAUAUAAAACAACCUUGAAAUUAAGAGUAAUGACGAGUUGUUAGCUUAUUAUGUAUUGUAAUAUUUUUAUUAACUCUUACAAGACAUUGCUAUGCUUUCAUAUUUUAGUUAAGUUUGUUGAUUAUAACAAUGAAUGAAGCCUUUAUAUUAUAAAAUAUAGUUUGCAGAUUUAUUUUAACAGUU